AUGCCUUCACUCAGCGCCGACGCCAAUCUCGACUUCCACAUUGUCGGAGGGCAUCAAGAGUCUAGAACUAGACUGUCUGGCCCCUUGGUCUACUCUGGGACUUUGGACUCGUUUGAGCAGAAUGAUAUUACCCCUGUAAUUGGCCGCGAGUACUACGGACUACAGAUCCGUGAUCUCUUGCAAUGGGAUGACCAGCAUGUCAAAGACCUCGCGGCGACAAUCUCGCAGCGAGGAGUCGUCUUUCUUCGAAACCAGGAUGUGACGCCCUUAGAGAUGAAGGACUUUAUGAUCAGAUUGUCAACCCUGGCCGGUUGCCCAGAGUCCUCGGGCCUGCACGUGCAUCCCUUGACCGAAGAGGGUAGCGAGCUGGGCGAUCAGAUCUCGGUCAUCUCCAGCGAGAAGCAAAAGAAGGGAGGCGGCCUUACACACCAAUUGAGCGAUGUCAGCCGUUUUGCUAGCACGGGAUGGCACAGCGACAUUACAUUCGAGAAAGUACCAUCAGACUAUGCUAUGCUAAAGAUCCAUACCUUACCAAAAACUGGUGGCGAUACUCUCUGGGCAUCUGGAUAUGAGAUAUACGAUCGGCUUUCGGAACCCAUGAAGAAGUUCUUGGAAAGCUUGACUGCAACUCACGAUGCGAACUUCUUCCAUGACGAAGCGGCGCGACUCGGCAACCCCCUGCGCAAGGGCAUCCGCGGCUCACCGCUGAAUCAAGGGAGCGACUUGAAGACUACACACCCAAUCAUCCGAACGAAUCCCGUGACCGGUUGGAAGAGUGUGUUCAUCAACAAGGGAUUUACCAAGAGAAUCAAUGGUGUGACCAAAGACGAGUCUGAUGUCCUCCUGAGCUAUCUGUUCAACCUCGUCACGCAAAACCACGACGCCCAGGUACGAUUCAAGUGGAACCAAAACGAUCUGGCGAUUUGGGAUAAUAGAUCAACAUUCCACUGCGCGACAUAUGACUACGAAGCUGCAAGAGCUGGUGAUCGGGUGUGCAGCUUGGGGGAAGCCCCGUACCUGGACUUCGAGAGCAAGAGCCGAAGGGCCGCACUCGAUAUCUAA